AUGAAUACACAGCUAAAUCUCAUACCUCAACCACUCAGAUUGCAACCGGGACAACGAUUCCUUCGACUGCGACGCCUUCGAAAAUCACGUAAACGACUCAUACGAAGACUGCGACGACAACGACGAAUCCAACUGCAAUCACAGUGGCGACUCCUUCGGCGAAGACGACCUCCGCGUCAACGACUAUUACGACACCCACGACAGCGGCGGGAACGACAACCACAACAGCGUCGAAAUCCUGUACCAUGA